GAUGUAAAGUGAAAGGGUUCUUUGACAUAAUUUUAAAGUUCCAUUAACAAUCUCUUUACAAAAAUGUUUGAUAAAAAACACCUACUUUUUUAAAAGCCUGAUAACAGUAUUUUCCUUGUCGUCUCCACUUUCGGUAUCUUGAGAUCUUGAGGCAAAAAUGUCGAAAAAGAAAGAUAUUAACGCAAAUGGUGUCAUCAUAUCAUUUGUUUGGAUUUUCAUGAACGCGCUUAGUAUCAUAUUGGCAGACGACAUUUCCUGGACGAAGUAUGAAUUCGAGGCAAAAUCCGUCCAGCCAAGAUGUUUUCCGGAAGAAGGACAAUGUCUCGCAUACGAAGUCCCUGACGUAUUUGCAUGCAGCAAAAUGUGUAACAAGAAUGGGAACUGUACGUCUUUCUUCUAUCAACCAGAAAAUCGGACAUGCACUGGAUGUCCGGUGUUUGUGAAAGGUGCACCAAUGUCGACAACGACCGGAUCUGUACAAUAUGCAAUCAGAGAUUUCUACAUCGAUUGUUUGGAUAUAUUGCAAAGGGACAUAACUGCCGAAAGUGGUGUUUAUGAAAUAAGACUCCGUAACUCGGAAAGAAAACAAGUAUACUGUGACAUGUCAACAGACGGCGGGGGCUGGACGAUUUUCCAGAAUCGGUUUGACGAGUCUGUUGAUUUUAGAAAGCACUAUUCACUGUACACAACCGGAUUUGGUGACGUAAAUGGCGAAUACUGGCUCGGUUUGAAAUAUAUCCAGGAACUCAGUGAAAAUCCAACUGAACUUUGGUAUAACGUUUCACUUACGAUUGGAGAGACUGCACAUGAAAAAUAUGGUCAUUUUAGACUUAUUGGCACUGACUACAUACUUUCUGUAGAUCACCAACUGGAAAAAUCAGGUAUGGCUAGCGAUGCGGAAAUCGUUUUCGGAAGUUUGAAUGGACAUAGAUUUUCUGUGACUGAGUAUAGCUAUUCAUCGACUUGUGGCACAACAGGGUGGUGGUCCGAAUAUCCAAAAUGCCAGUUUGUCAACUUAAACAUAGAGACCUUCCUGCACGUAUCAGAUUUGUACAACGAUGUUGCAGAACUCAAAGGGCAUACCGUUGUCAAGACAACGAGGAUUAUGAUACGAAGAAAGGUGUGACCGCUGUUGAACAUGGAACGCUGGCAUAUCUAAGAUUUGAAUUCCUUCUGUACUUUACUUUGACUAUUAAAAUUUUUUCGCCAUCACUUC